CAUCAACCAUAGAAAUAGAGUCCAAUCCGUUCUGUGUUUAUGGUAUAUCCAAGCCACUCUAUUUCUAUGGUAUCUAUCAACAUCCCUGGACGCAGGGCUAGCUGUCUAGUUAUAGCUGUCCACAACUAGAUGUAUUGAGACGAAAGAAUGAAGACAUGAGAUUUCAAAACCCGUCUAUGUGGAAACGAUUUAAUAGAACGCCUGUCUGUCACGGAUUUACUCAGACAUUAUUAAGGCGAUGCAGCAGCGGCGUAACAGCAUCGGAGCGGAGCGCCUCAGCCAGUAGCUAGCUGGCUGGCUGGCUAUUCAACUUGCUAACAACAGUAGCUAGCCAGAUGCCUUUACAGAAAAGGCGCCGUCUUUUAGCACGCGAACUCAUUUCCAGACCUCAAACACUCGGAGACGUCGUUAAUGUUACAAUAUUGCGGUUGCGCGUUUAGUUUCGUGUUUAAUCGGCAACUGGUAGGUAGUUCGUUUCGCAAUUUAGCCAGUUAGCUAAUUGUGCUAGUCAAGCCAGUCAAUUCAGCGGAUGAACUUGGUAUUCUGAGGAGACGCUGCGCGACAUAAGGCGCAGGCCCGGUCGAGGAAGCUGAGAAAAUAUACCAUAUACAUCCAGUAGAUAGCAAAAUACCGAUUUUAACCACGGAACAAAACAUUACACCAACGCCUUUGCUACUGAUAUGGUCACCGGGAAUGUAACCUAGAUCAUAAUGUCUUAGCCGCAGUUACAGUACAACCACACAGAUGCGACAAUCUUGGAUUUUCAUUUGUCACUGAAAGCCUGCGCGUCCUGCUUAUUUAACAUAUAUACUAUUAGUUAGCUUUUUAACUACGAAGGUAGUAUUAACACACGAUUGACUGUAUUCGUUGUUAUUUUGUCGAGUUUGGUACUGUCGUUUUCCCCCCCAUCUGAUCGUAUAGUGUAACUGUCCGGAUCACAACCAAAGAACAUGAUGGAUCAACAUGCCAAAAGGUUUUGCACGAAUAAAAGUCACUCAGUUGCCGUCACCCCGUCACUUCACUGAGGGUCCCCCGAUACUUCAUUUCUGGAAACGUGCCGGCUGCAGGGAUGAGAUAAUAAAGCGGCAGACAACGCAGCCGUGACAUUUGUCCGACCCCGAGUAACCUUCCACAGUCCGCCAUGACCACGCCGGCUCUACUGCCGCUGUCUGGCCGCCGGAUCCCCAACCUGUCGCCCGGCGCCUCCUCUUUCCCGCACCACAGAGCCACCCUGAGGCUCUCGGAGAAGUUCAUCCUGCUCCUCAUCCUCAGUGCCUUUAUCACCUUGUGCUUCGGGGCUUUCUUCUUCCUCCCGGACAACUCGAAGCACAAGCGCUUCGACCUGGGCCUGGAGGAUGUGCUCAUCCCCCACAUCGAGGCGCCCAAGGGGGCUAAGCAUCCCGGUGGACAGGUGGUCAUUCACGGUCAGGGGGGCCACGACGAGCACCGGCACAGGGAGGAGGAGGAGAGCUUGCGGCAUAAAAUCCGUGCUGACCACGAGCGUGCCCUGCAGGAGGCCAAGGAGAAGCUGAAGAAGUCCCGGGACGAGCUGCGGGCCGAGAUCCAAACGGAGAAGAGCAAGGUGGUGCAGGAGCUGAAGAAGAAGGACGGGCCCAAGCCGCUGCCCCCGGUCCCUAUGCCCAAGGUGGUCGGGGUCAACGAUGGGGACCCUGGGGAGCCGGACGUCAAGGAGAAACGGGACAAGAUCCGAGAGAUGAUGAAGCAUGCAUGGGACAGCUACAGGCAGUACGGAUGGGGACACAAUGAGCUGAAACCUCUGGCCAAGAAAGGACAUUCCACCAAUAUCUUUGGUAAUUCCCAGAUGGGGGCCACCAUCGUGGACGCCUUGGACACUCUCUACAUGAUGGGCCUCCACGACGAGUUCAAGGACGGACAGGAGUGGAUCGAGCACAACCUGGACUUCAGUGUGAACGCUGAGGUGUCGGUCUUCGAGGUCAACAUCCGCUUCAUCGGAGGACUGCUGGCCGCCUAUUACCUCUCUGGACAGGAGGUGUUUAAGGUGAAGGCGGUCCAGCUGGCCGAGAAGCUGCUGCCGGCCUUUAACACCCCCACCGGCAUCCCCUGGGCCAUGGUCAACCUCAAGAGCGGCGUCGGCCGUAACUGGGGCUGGGCGUCGGCUGGCAGUAGCAUCCUGGCGGAGUUCGGAACCCUCCACAUGGAGUUUGUCCACCUCACCUACCUCACCGGGAACCCUGCUUACUACCAGAAGGUGAUGCACAUACGGAAGCUCCUGGCCAAAAUGGACCGGCCCAACGGGCUGUACCCCAACUACCUGAACCCACGCACCGGGCGCUGGGGCCAACACCAUACAUCAGUCGGAGGUCUGGGGGACAGUUUCUACGAAUACCUGCUGAAGGCCUGGCUGAUGUCAGACCGGACCGACACAGAGGCCCGGAAGACGUACGAUGACGCUAUCGAGGCUAUCGAGCGCCACCUGAUCCGAAAGUCCAACGGAGGCCUGACGUUCAUCGGUGAGUGGAAGAACGGCCACCUGGAGAGGAAGAUGGGUCACCUGACCUGCUUCGCCGGGGGGAUGUUUGCUCUGGGCGCCGACGGCUCGCCAGACGACAAGGCCGGACACUAUUUGCAGCUUGGGGCCGAGAUCGCGCACACCUGUCAUGAGUCCUACGACCGCACUGUGUUGAAGCUGGGUCCGGAGGCCUUUAAGUUUGACAGUGGUCUGGAGGCUGUGGCGGUCCGUCAGAAUGAGAAGUACUACAUCCUGAGGCCAGAGGUCAUCGAGACCUACUGGUACAUGUGGAGGUUCACCCACGACCCCAAAUACAGGCAGUGGGGCUGGGAGGCAGCACAGGCCAUAGAUAAGUACUGCAGGGUAAGCGGGGGGUUCUCUGGGGUCAAGGAUGUCUACUCAUCUAAUCCAACCUAUGACGAUGUCCAGCAGAGCUUCUUCCUGGCCGAGACACUCAAGUAUCUGUACCUGUUGUUCUCCAGCGAUGACCUGAUGCCUCUGGAGAGCUGGGUGUUCAACACGGAGGCCCACCCCCUGCCGGUGUUGCGACUGGCCAACAUCACCCUCCCAGGGAGCCAGGCCCAGCGGUAGAGACCAGGGGGUCUCCAGGGAGUCAUGUCGCCCUGCCUGUCCGCCUCCACCGCUCCUCUCACUGCUCCUGGCUGCCGGAGGAGAGAGCUCAGACCACCACGGAGACCAGAGGACUGAAACAAUAGCGUCUCUCUCUGUCCUUCGCUCCUUCUUAUUCUUUCAUUCUCUAGCCCACUCUCUCUUUUGUUAGCACUUUCUGCUCAUCAGAAGGACAGAGGGUGCUUUUGGGAUUGGCUUUGAAAGCCCUCAUCCUUGUCAUGUGACUUUUGUUGAAACACUGAGCUCAAGUCUGGAGGUUUGAUUUGUUUUCAUCAAACCCUAGCUCAUAACUGACAGACACAGGAGCGAGAGAGAGUGUACAGAGUCUGAACUGCCAGACUCUCUUCUGAAGGGUUGCGCAUCUGACCGACAGAACAUUUAGGACUUGGGGUUUGAUGGUUUCUUUUUUUUUUCAGUUCUGACUUCUGGACGUUGAUUGGCGGGGACAAGACAGACUGUAACCCUCCUGAUCCGUCGGCCAUUUCUGUUUACUGUCUUAAUCUGAACUUUGACCUGGAACUGUAUCAGAGUCACUUUAUGGACCGGAGCAACGGCUUAAUGCCUCCCCUUUUCUGGAACCACUCAACAGUAGACUGUGGAUAUAGAACUCUACGCUGCAUUCUGCCAUUUCUCUACACUUUGUUCUCACACUGUUACUUUUUUUCCCUGUCUUAUUCUCUCUCUCUCUCUCUCUCUCUCUCUCUCUCUCUCUCUCUCUCUCUCUCUCUCUCUCUCGAUUAGCAGGUGACAUACGUAGCUCAGCCUGGCUUCAAAUAUGUUUUGCUGCUAAUCGCCCAUUGCUGUUUCUUUCCCCUCUCAACUUCGCCACAUCUCUCCAAUCCACUUCUUUCCUCAGGCAUUUCGUUCUUGUCAUGUCUCUUCGCUCCCCCAGUCAGUCCUCCAGUCUGGUAAAUUUCCGUUCCUUGUCGUUUCCAUAAAUCACUAACACUCCACAGGCAGACAGGGAACCGGCCGUGUUUGGCAGUGUUUCCCAUCUGCUGAUAAAAUGCCCCCCCCCCCUCCCCCAUGGUUACAUUGUUCUGCACUUUGUUGUUUGGAAUUCUGUGAGGGAGAGGAGAAGUUGAGCUGCGGCCCCGUAGGAGCUGAAGACACAAAGCUCUCCGUUUAUCCGUCACUGAAUGCUUUUAAAAUGACUGACAUGGACCCAUAUUGAUGCAUUACCACUGGAGUUUUUCCUGAUAGGAAGGGGCCAGGCGUUUUUCCUGAUAGGAAGGGGCCAGGCGUUUUUCCUGAUAGGAAGGGGCCAGGCGUUUUUCCUGAUGGGAAGGGGCCCUACUCAUAGGAUUUCUACCUAAAUUGUUUGGGGUUUUUUUGUUUUCAUUCCAAUUACCACAUGCUAAUGUGGGCUCAUCCACCUGUACAUUGAGUCUGUGUGGAGUGUUCUGACAUUCAUUCUCUAUGGGGUUGUUGUCUUAAAGAACCUUUCUGCAUAUUAGUCUUGUUUCUGCCACAGUAGAUGAAAUGGAGCACACUGCUGUGUCCAAUAAGAUGUCUUAUUGGUGUCAUGGGUGGAAUACAGUACAGUAGGUUAAGGUGCUGAAGGAGGAUAUUCUGAAUGAAAUGACAAUUAUGUUGAACGUAUCAAUUAAUUUAAAGCCUUAUCAAGUAUUGCUAUGUGACGCCUUUGGCCAAUACUGUUUUAUUUUAUUUUUUUCUCAGUUUCACGAAAUGUUAUUCGUACAAGUUCAUACAGCUGUUAAUUUUCUAAGAAUCACCCGGACCCGUGAUGAAGGAAUGCAUGACGAUGGCCCCCGACCACCGUCAUAGAAAGCCAUACCAACUCUUUCACUGUUUUGAUCAUCUGUCAUUUUACUUAAACGAGUACCACCUACCUAUAUAGCACCUGUCACACUGAGCAUAUAUUCCUUUUGUCUUUUUUUUUUUUAAUUCACUGUCACACCCUCUCCCACUAGUUCAUAUCCCUCCUGGGGUCUUUUCCCGUCUCACAUCUCCCUGCAACCAUACUCCUUGUCCCCCUCUUGCUCAGUCUCUCCCUCUCAUGGUGGUAACAGCAACAGCCUGCUGCUGUAUUACAGUAUCCAGUCUGUUUAUCCCUGUCAGUCCUCAUCUCACUGACUUCGUCACUGCUCACAAAGCCCAGGCUUUCUUUGGCGCCGUUUGUCGCAAGGAGGAUGUUCAUUUUGGGGAGGGGGAAAGUGUUCUGUAUUUGUAUUUUUACCGAACAAAAAAAAAAAAGAUGUGUAAAUAUGUUUAAAAUGAGACACAAAUUAAUUAAAGAUGUUACAAAAAGUGAACAGAAUAACUCAAAA